GAUCACAAUGUUCCGCACACUUUUUUGGUUUUUCUCCAACCCUUGACGCUAGCACGUUAGACUGGUCGUGUUCCGCAAUUUCUCGCUCACCAUGGAAUCGCCUAAACCGGUCCCAAGCGGAUCACGGCAUACAUACCGAGGACAUCGUCGAGAGUCUUAUCACCCGAUCGACAAUGCAGAACUAGUUGAGCUACGCGCCAGACAAAGGACCUUUGACGGUGCAUACGCUAGAACGUCGUUAGGCACGCUUGGGUAUACUAUUGUCUUUUUGAAACUUUUCGACCGAAGAUUCUACCGAAUUGGUCUGCUUUAUUGCAUCCUUACUGCCUUGUUGGCUCUAACAACGGUUGUCCGGCGGAAGCACUCUCGACAUGACUUCUCCGAUAAAUAUAGAAGCAUCGGAGGACGAGGGGAUGGUGCCGGGGGAGGAGACCCGGUACCAGUGGACGGACGGCGGAUAUUUGGUAGACCUUUUGUGACUGCUGGACGGAUCGUAAUUAUCAUUAGCCUUCUUGUGGUGUCGAUCCAAGUGACACUCUUAGCAUUCAUUUUCGAAUUACCGCACCGCGAUGCGUGAAACGUAUGUAUGCCUGGCUUUCAGUUUCUCUCUCUCUCAAGUGAAGGGCGCGUUUCAUUUCGGGUUGUCGGCCGAAUUCGAAUGUUUUCGAAUGAAUUCACUGGGUUCUCGGGCCGUCGCGUCCACGGUUUUUUUCAUUUCGUACCUGGUAACUUUUCGCUGCUGAUUCCCUGCGAAAAGCGUCUACAAUACACGUGUAUCCGUCGAUGGCAUGUAAAAUCGCCAAGCUGAUCA